AUGGCCCAGCGGCUCCUCCAGGCCUAUGAUGACAUCGGCGACAGCACUCAGUGUCACUGCAAGACCUGCAUCACCACAGCAUUAGGCGGCCUCAUGGGUGCAAUAGCGUCUGCCUUACAGUGUCUGCUCAACCCGGUAGAUUCCCACCUGGAAGCAGGGGCCGGGCCUGGCUGGUACACAUGCAUGGCGGCUGCCGUCGGAGCUAUGCUAGGUCUCGCCACCUGUGUCGGUGUCCAGGUCCGCGAGAAGCCAGAUGACCCCAUGAACUACUUCAUUGGAGGCUGCGCCAGGGGCCUGACCCUGGGAGCAUGUGCUCACAGCUAUGGGACUGCAGUUGUUGGCUGCAUAUACAUGGACACCGCGGCAACCCUGUUCAAGAUUGGCAAACUGGAAAGCUGGCAAUUCUUUGCUACCCCCAAGGUGUGA